AUGGCGGCGACGAUUGACCUGGCACUAAAGAAGGCCUUCUCCGAGCUGCAGGUGAAGAUGAUUGACACCCAGCAGAAGGUGAAACUAGCUAAUCUGCAGAUCGAUCAGCUGACACGAGUCCACAAACACGCUAAGCUAACACACGCAGAGAUCAACACGCUGCCUGACAACACGAGACUCUACGAGGGAGUGGUACGCAUGUUCAUUGUGCAGACGAAAGAGGAAAUCAACAAUAAGCUGAUGGACAAACAGAAAAUGGCUGACAAGAAGAUCAAAGACUUACAGCAGAUAAAGGUGUACCUUGAACACAGCGUGAAAGAAGCUAAAGACAACAUCAGAGAGAUGCUUCUGUCCCGGAGAGCUCAGUGA